AUGCUGAAGUGCGGAAUGAACGGUAGUCAGGUGAAAGUAUUUGGAAAAGCAAUCCAAGCUCUAUCACGAAUCAGUGACGAGUUAUGGCUAGACCCGUCUGAAAAAAAUCUUGCUCUAAGAUCUGUAAAUUCUUGUCGAUCAGCCUAUGGAUGUGUGCUCUUCUCUUCUUUGUUUUUUCAACAUUAUGAAUGGUCAGCUCCAAUGGAAAUGAAAGAUAAAGGAACUGCAUCAAAUUUGAAUUGUCAGUUGGCAAUGAAGGCGAUCCUGCCCAUCUUUAAAUGUCUGAAUUCCCUCGAAAGAAAUGUAGAGAAGUGCAGAAUAUUCACCAGAUCUGUUAAGUCCCAAGUCGUUAUUCAAUUCUUCUGCAGACAUGAUUUGACUAAUUCUGUCUACAGUGAGAUGUCUGUUGAGUCACAUGAGUUUGACUUCUUUCAAAUUGGUGUUGAAACUGAGGUAACAUUUUGCUUCAAAGAACUGAAGGGAAUGCUGACAUUUUCAGAAGCUGUACAUGCUCCUAUAUCCAUUUAUUUUGAUAUUCCUGGAAAACCUAUGACUUUAUGUAUUGAUGAUAUGUUACUGGAAGCCAACUUUAUUUUGGCAACAUUAGUUGACAUACCAAGUGGGACAUCUUCACCACAAUCGCUAUGUCCUUCACAAAAACUGAAAAGGGAGGACCUGAUCCGGUCAAAUUCAAAGGCUGGUAAAAAUGUGACGAACAAGGUCCCCGAGUGCAUCUCCAGACAAGCAGCCCCCAGAAAGCUCCACCCUCAAGGGAGUCCCACAGACACCUCUGGAUUAGAAACGUGCAGCGGCCUUGCAACGGAAAGAGCAGAUGGAGGCAGUGAAGUUCCAGAAAGCUGCGUCAGCAGCAUGGAGGAGGCGCCUGGGUCCUGA